AUGGAAACAGGUAUGUAACAGAUUUCGACGCUUCGUCUCUGAUAUUUGCGUUCUAGCGUUAGUUAUUCAUGAAAGGACAGAACUCCAUUUAAAAAACUAUGAAUUUUAAUUCAAUGAGUUGUUUUAAACUUCAGGGGUCGGAUUUAUUAUUUCUGUUUAAGUAAGGCUUACUUGUUUAGUUCGGCAAACAUUCCAUUUCGAUUUGGCAAAUAAAUCGCGUUUAAACAGUGAAAUUUAGGUGAGAAAUUCCAUCCGUUUUAUACUUUCUGACAGUGUCAAAACGUUGCUUAUGUGGCUUUAAUUAAUCAAGUGUUUCUUGGUGAACCACCCUGCCUAACAGCCGAUUUAUAAGCUCGUGUUUUUGUUGGUAGCUGAUGAACAAAGCUGCUUAAAUCAUCAGAUAUUAUAAUGGAGUUUGGUGCUUCGAGGUUAAAAUGUUGUUCUGUGUGUUUUCUUCCAGAGGAGCAGGCCAGGAAUCGUUUCCAGUCAGAACUGGAGUUCGUCCAGUGUUUGGCCAACCCAAACUACCUGAACUGUGAGUGACAGGGGAAAAACAUCCAAUAUUUGUGUUGUUAAAUUUAUAUUAAGAGAAGAAGUCUGAAGGCAGAGUAGCAGAAACCUAAAGGGAUCAGUAUUUUAUCAGAAUCAGAAACAUUUUUAUAAUCCUCUGGGGGAAAUUGCUUUUUGUCACAGUACUCCAGUGCAAAUACAGUACAAGAGGAGAUAAAUAAUAGAUAAGUAAAAAUAUAGAGAUAAUAUACAAGUAUUUACACUAUAUACAACACAAAUAGUAAAAUUGUUUGCAUGUAAAACAGUGAGCAGAGUCCAGGUUAAAACUACUGACUGAGGGUAUCAGAGUCUCUGAGGGAGAAGUUAAAAAGUCUGAUGAUCACCAGCAGGAAAGAUUUCCUGUGGCGCUCCGUGGUGCGUCGUGGAGCAAGGAGCCUUCUGCUGAAGGUGCUCAGCAAUAUGGAGUGGAGCUUGGACAGCAUCCUCCUCUCUGACACAGCCAGCAGGGAGUCCAGCUCCACCCCCACAACAUCACCGGCCUUUUUUAUCAGUUUAUUGAGUCUGUUGGAGACAGCGACCCUCAGCACGCAACAGUGAAGAAGAUCACACUGGCCACAACAGACUCAUAAAAAAUCCUCAGCAUCGUCCUGCAGAUGUUGAAGGACCUCAGGAAAUAGAGACGGCUUUGACCGUUCCUGUAGACGGCCUCAGUAUUCUUGGUCCAGUCCAGUUUAUUGUUUAAGUACACCCCUAGGUACUUUUACUCCUCCACAGUGUCCACUGGGACCCCCCCCCCCCCCCCCCCCCCCCGGAUGGAAACAGGGGUCACAGGUGUUUUGUUCCUCUCAGAUCCACUAUCAGCUCCUUAGUUUUUGUCACAUUGAGCUGCAGAUCUUAAACUAUUGUACUUUACCAUUUUUUCUAUUGAAAAAGCAGAAGCACUUUACCGCUGUCAUACAGUUUACAUGACCGUCUGUUUUUGUGUCUUCAGUUCUGGCUCAGAGAGGCGUCCUGAGAGAGAGACCAUUCAUCAACUACCUGAAGUACCUGCUAUACUGGAAGGAGCCUGAGUACUCCAAGUUCCUCAAGUAAGACCCGCCUCUCUGGCUUUCUCUCCUUUUUAUUUUUACAAGUUACCACCCCCUGGAAACUCAACGGGAGUGAAUUGUCUAUAUUUCUAACAAAAAAGAGAUGCUGCAUUGUUCUCUCCAAAGCGACCAGACUCGAUUAAGAUAAGUUUAACACUGCAUCUGCAAACGCAGGUAUGUGAACAUGGUGCAGAGGCACCAGGGGACUUCUCUGAAAAAGAGAACUCUCUCUGCAGGGACCUUUUCUGUAAUAAUGUCACUUAAAACAACAACCUGAGCUGGCCAAGGAUAAAAACAAGAACUUUUAGUGGACACAGUGUGACCCAUCAACUAUCAUGUUGCUGAUAUAACAGGCUGUUAACCUGCCGGAGCAUCAACACAUCUCUUCCUGUCAUUGUCAGAGGAGUCCGAGGUUUUAAAUAAAGCAAGCAAGGACAAAUAAAGCUCAUUUGUCUCCUUUCUCCUCUCUUGUCUCCUUCCUUCUCUGCAGGUAUCCUCACUGUCUGCACAUGUUGGAGCUGCUGCAGUACGAACAUUUCAGGAAGGAGCUGGUCAACGCUCAGUGUGCCAAGUUCAUCGAUGAGCAGCAGCUCCUUCACUGGCAGCACUACUCUAGGAAACGCACCCGUCUGCAGCAGGCGCUCGCUGAGCAGCAGCAACCCCAACAGCAGCCGCCGCCACACGGGAACGCCACCACAAAGUGA